AUGACCUCCCCUCUGCGUGCCCUCCUUAAAAUCAUAUCUGAUUCAGUGGAUGCAAUCGAACGUAGUUGUGAAGAGCGGGGUGCUGUUUUUCCGUCCCUCGAUGAUGCAUAUUCACCAGAGAAAGAAAGAGCGGUGCAAGGUGCUGCAGUGGAACAGGCGGCCACUCUGAUCACUUCCGCUGCCUACCAGCUGAUUGCAGCAGUUCAACAACCACAGACCUCAAUAUUCGCCGCAAUGGGCUCGUAUUAUCUUCCUGUAAGUCUCAGAGCAGCGAUAGAAACCAAUACAGUCGAAAUUCUUCGUGAAGCUGGGCCGCAAGGACUACACGUCAAGGAUAUCGCAAGUAAGGCCAACGUUGACUCUACUAAACUCUCGCGAUUUUUGCGGUAUCUUGCCACGUACCAUAUCUUCAAGGAGGUUGCACCAGAUGUCUUUGUCAACAAUCGCUUGUCAUCUGUCUGCGAUACGGGGAAGUCUGUCUCAGAGCUAUUCGAAAAGCCUCUGGAAAAGCACCAUGGUACUAACGGAUUAUCAGCACUGAUCGGUCAUUGCACAGACGAAGACUACAAAGGUGCAGGAUAUGCUGUUGAACAUUUACAGGAUUCAAAGACAGCUUUCGACGACGGACCUAUUAAUACCCCUAUGAUGCGAGCAUUUAAUUAUGAUAAGGGAGUCUGGUCUUGGUUCGAACAACCAUUCAACACCUUGCGAUUCAAGCGAUUCGGUGUUGCUAUGGAUGGUGUCAACAGCGUUCAACCAGUAGAAUCCAUCCUUAAAGGUUUUGCUUGGGACUCAUUAGUGCCUGGAGAUGUAGUAGUGGAUGUCGGCGGAGGGAUAGGGGUUUCGAGUCUGACUUUGGCAAAGAAUUACCCUAAUUUGAAGUACAUCGUGCAAGAUAGGCCCUCGGUAGUUGUAGAAGGCCAGAAGCAUUGCGAGCAGAUAUUUCCAGAAGCGCUGAAAACUGGGUGUAUCGAAUAUCAGUCACAUGACUUUUUUGACGUACAGCCCAGGAACGAUGUGAAAGUCUUUGUGCUCAAGCAAAUCAUGCACGACUGGUCCGACGAAUAUAUCACCCGCAUUCUUCGACGUCUUCGUGCUGCUGCAAGUUCGGAGACGAAGCUACUGGUGAUCGACAGCAUAAUACCAUAUUCGUGCCCGGACGAAACUACAGUCGGCGACUUCAAGUUUCGUUCUCCUCCUGAGCCUCUUCUCGCAAAUAUGGGGGCUGCUAAUAUCGCACCUUACAUCGUUGAUCUUUCGAUGUACGUGCACUUCAAUGCGAUGGAGAGGACCUUGGUGCAGAUUGUGAAUCUGUUGAACGAGGCGGGUUGGAAGUUGGUUCAGGUGAACACUACAGAUAACAUAGGAAGUCACCUGCCUCAUAUGGUAGCCAUACCAGUGUAGUCUUAAAAUUGUGCUGCAGAUCUCGUAAAUUAUCAACCUCCUCUCUGAGUAAAGAGUAUGAUAUAAUUUCACUGGAUAAAUUUUCCCUGGCCAAUCCAUGUUGUAUGCUCGCUGAAUUGCUCUGUUAGCCAUUGCAUAGGGACAUCAUAGAAGCUUGAUGUGAUAAGUUAUGUUGUUUGUAGAAUAGAUAAAAAAUCAUUAAUUAAACUCUGCCUUACCAUU